AUGGUACAAUAUGUUGGGAGGGGAGGAGGUGCAAUAUAUUGGGAGGGGAGGAGAUACAAUAUAUUGGGAGGGGAGGUGGUGCCAUAUGUUGGGAAGUGCCAUAUGUCGGGAGGAGGGGAGAUGAUGCAAUAUCUUUGGAGGAGCAACAUCUUAUGUUGGGAGGGAGUUGAGGAGGUGCAAUAUGUAUGUCGUGAGGUGAGGAGGUGCAAUAUGUUGGGAAGGGAGGAGAUACAAUAUAUUGGGAGGGGAGGAGGUGCCAUAUGUUGGGAGAUGCCAUAUGUUGGAGGAGGUGCAAUAUCUUAUGUUGGAAGGGAGUUGAGGAGGUGCAAUAUGUUGCGAGUGGAGGAGGUGCAAUAUCUUAUGUGGAGAGAUGGUGUAAUAUCUUAUGUUGGGAGGAGGUGCAAUACCUUACAUUGGGAGGAGAGAUGGUGCAGUAUCUUAUGUUGGGAGGGAGUUGAGGAGGCGCAAUAUGUUGGGAAUGGUGCAAUAUCUUAUGUUAGGAGUGGAGGAGGUGCAAUAUGUUGGGAGUGGAGAAUGUGCAAUAUUUUGGGAGUGGAGGAGGUACAAUAUCUUAUGUUGGGAGGGAGUGGAGGAGGUGCACUAUCUUAUGCUGGGAGGGAGGUGUGGAUGUUCAAUAUCUUAUGUUGGGAGGGAGUUGAGGAGGUGCAAUAUCUUAUGUUGGGAGGUAAGGAGGUGCAAUAUUUUGAAAGUGGAGGAGGUACAAUAUCUUGGGUCGGGAGGAUGCGCAAUAUCUUGGGUUAUGAGGAGGUCGGGAUGAGGUGCAAUACCUUGGGUCGGGAUAGGGCACAAUAUUUUAUGUUGGGAGGAGGUGCAAUGUCUUAUGUUGGGAGGGGAGAUGAUGCAAUAUGUUGGGAGAAGUUGAGAUGGUGCCAUAUCUUAUGUUGGGAGUUGAGGAGGUGCAAUAUGUUGGGAGUGGAGGAGGUGCAAUAUGUUGGGAGUGAAGGAGGUGCAAUAUCAUGGGUUGAGAGGAGGUGUCAUAUGUUGGGAGGUAAGGAGGUGCAAUAUGUUGGGAGGUGA